AUGUCGUUGUUAUUUUUAAGGUUAAGGAACUUCCUCUUUGUUUCUUUUCAUUCUCAGUCUCACUCUCUUCCUCCUUCCAUUCGCAAUGUUGAUGAUGUCGUCUCCAUCUUUAAUCGCUUGCUACGAAUGAGUCCUACCCCUUCCAUCAUCGAAUUUGGUAAGAUUUUAACUUCCCUCGUCAAGAUGAAGCAUUACCGAACUGUAAUUUCCCUUUCUCACCAAUUGGAGUUCACUGGAAUUACUCCUAAUAUUGUCACUCUCAACAUCUUGAUCAAUUGUUACUGCCAUCAAGCUCAAAUCACUUCCGCUUUUUCUGUACUCGUCAAAAUUCUCAAGAGGGGUUAUCAGCCAGAUACCUUCACCUUCAAUACACUUAUGAAAGGUCUCUGUCUUAAUGGUCAGGUCCAGAGAGCACUGCAAUUUCAUGAUGAUGUUGUAGCACAGGGAUUUAGGCUGAACCAAGUUAGUUACCGUAUCUUGAUCAACGGGUUAUGUAAGAUGGGACAAACAAGAGCUGCGUUGCAAUUAAUGAGACAGAUUCAGGGGCAAUUGGUUAAGCCUGAUGCGGACAUGUACAACAUCAUCAUUGAUAGCCUCUGCAAAGAUAAACUUGAAAGUGAUGCUUACAAUUUAUAUUAUGAAAUGGUUAGCAAGAGGAUUUUACCUGAUGCUUUCACUUACAAUGCUUUAAUAUAUGGCUUUUGCAUUGUGGGUCAAUUGAAAGAAGCAAAUGAGUUGCUAGAUGAAAUGAUGACAAAAAACGUUGACCCGGAUGCUUAUACUUUUAAUAUAUUGGUCGACGCUUUUUGCAAGGAAGAAAAGGUGAAAGAAGCUAAAAAUGUGUUAGCUGUGAUGAUGAAACAAGGUGUGAAACCUGAUGUUGUUACUUAUAAUUCUUUAAUGGAUGAGUAUUGCAUAGUUAGUGAAGUAAACAAGGCCAAAGACAUAUUGAACUCCAUGGCCCAUAGGGGAGUGACUCCCGAUGUCCAGAGCUACAGUAUUAUGAUUAACGAAUUAUGUAGGAUUAAAAUGGUGGAUGAAGCUUUGAAUCUCCUUGCAGAAAUGGACUGCAUAAACAUUAUUCCUGAUACAGUAGCGUACAGUUCUGUCAUUGAUGGUUUAUGCAAAUCAGGGAGAAUCUCUCAUGCUUGGGAGCUUGUUCAUGUAAUGCAUGUUAAAAGUCAACCAGCCGAUAUAAUCACCUACAAUUCUUUAUUGGAUGCAAUUGCUUUAAUCCAUAAAAUUAAAGGUCAUGGUAUUCAGCCAGAUGUGUACACAUACAUUACAAUUAUGGAUGGACUGUGCAAAGAAGGAAGAGUUAAGAAUGCACAAGAGGUUUUCCAAGAUCUUUUAACUAAAGGCUACCAUGUAACUGUCCCAACAUAUAAUAUUAUGAUCAAUGGGCUUUGUAAAGAGGGUUUGUUUGAUGAAGCAUUGGCAUUACUGUAUAAAAUGGAACACAAUGGUUGCAUGCCCGAUGCUAUAACUUUUGAAACAAUCAUUCGUUCACUUUUUGAAAAGGGUGAGGAUUCUAAGGCAGAGAAACUUCUACGUGAAAUGAAGGCGAGAGGUCUAUUGGAAAAGUAA